AUGCUUCUCGCCGAGGACUUCUCUUUGAUGCUGGGUAUCAGACUGGCGAGUGAGCCCUUCGUUGGGACCGCUCGGAGUAAUGUCUGCGUGGCGGCAGAGCUUUCACGAUCGACAUCUGCGAUGCUCGAUCGGGCUCUGCCAUUUUUCUUCCAAAGCUCUUCAACAGAGGAAGGGGAUGGGAGUCCAGCAUGGGCGAAAACUCCCUUUUGCCGCCCUGUCGGCCCCGCAAUGGUCGCCUGUGGCGAUGGUCGGGCGCAAGAAGUCUUGGAGGUGGAUUGA